CACACUGGCCUCUCUCUCUCUCUCUCUCUCUCUCCGAUAAAUCCACAAUCCCACCAUUUCCUAUAAAACAUCUUUUCUUCACGAUUAAAAAACAACUAUCCCCACUCCCUGAAGAGUCAAGUCCCACUUCACUUUGUUUUUCCCGACCAGACUAGUCCCACCUCACUAGUUGUACACUUCUAUCUCUCUCUAGCAAGCAUUUUCUCCUCUUUGUCUUUGUAGCCAGCUCCGUCUUCUUGAUCUCUUCUUGUUCACCUUCCAUUGCGAAAGAAUUCUUGAUCUUGAUCCGGGAAUUUUUUUAUAGCCUGAGCAGUAUAAUUAUGUCGAUGGACAUGAUGGCAUCCGAACGUGUUUGUUAUGUCCACUGCAACUUCUGCAACACCACUUUAGCGGUUAGCGUUCCAUGUAGCAGCUUGCUCACCAUGGUAACGGUUAGAUGCGGACAUUGUGCAAAUUUGCUUUCAGUUAACAUGGCAGCUUCGCUUCAAGCUGUUCCUCCACAAGAUACCCAGAAGCAGCAGUACCUUAUCAAUUCUGAAGACUGCGGGUCAUCUUCCAAAUAUGGCAAGCUCGCUGCAUUUGAGGCUGUUGAGCAUGAACAAUCUAGAAGGCCUCCCAUCCGCCCUCCGGAGAAGAGACAACGGGUUCCUUCAGCCUACAACAGGUUUAUUAGAGAGGAAAUCCAAAGGAUUAAGGCUGGUAAUCCUGAUAUCAGCCACAGGGAAGCUUUUAGUACAGCAGCAAAAAAUUGGGCACAUUUCCCUCACAUUCAUUAUGGACUAAAGGUGGAUGAUAACAAGCAAGCAAAGUUGGACCAGACACUUGCGGGAUCAGAGGGAACGCAAAACGUCUAAUGCAGAAUUCUGAUCACACAAAGAAAAGCAGCUAGUUUUCCUAUGCAAGUACUGAAUAUAUGAGGGGUUUGUGAAUUUCUCUUUUACCUGAUCGAACAGCAGGAACAGUCUCUUUAGAAGCUCCCCCGUGUGCUUACCUUUUCUAAAUGUUAAUUAAGUAGUCUCCAUGGGCGCUGCUAUAUAUUCUUGUUAUAGUGCAUUUGUUAUCUUGAAUUAAACAUCGUAUAUAUAGUAUUAUUGAAUAAUGAGCGAUUGUUUGGUAACCGA